AUGCUGGACCACUUUACCAUCUUCACCAAGAAUGGUCUGGUCCUCUGGUCCAAGACGUUCAGUCCGGCCUUGAGCAGUGCCGACGCAUCGGCGAAUCCUGUCAAUGCUCUCAUCAAGCAGGCUUUCCUCGAGCAGCGCACCGCAGACCACAAGUUCGACAAGGAUGGAUACACUCUCCGUUGGACAUUUGCCAACGAGCUCGACCUCACCUUUGUCGUCGUCUACCAGCGCAUCCUCCAGCUUUCUUACAUUGAGGAGCUCCUCGAUACCGUCCGAUCACUCUUCACCGACCUCUUCGCUUCCUUCGUCCGCAAACUCGCCCUCUCCUCCAAGAGCGCUGUCGCCUCUGGCACAUCCAAGGCCGCCACUCUACCGGAGAGCGCGCGCCUCGAGUUCAGCGCUGCCCUCAAGGAGUGGGACGAUAUUUUCUCCAAGACGCUCAGGAGCUUGGAAAAGGCCGCCGCUCAGUCCAAGCGCAAGGGCGUGCUCGGCGAGAAGAAGGGCAUCACCAACCAAGCACAAGCGGCCGAUGCCUCAGACAAGGAGAGCGGCCUCGACACUCCAAAGUCGAUCAAGGAGGGCAAGGACUCGGCAGACAUUGCAAAGAGCGUCGAAGCUUUAAAGAACCGACUCAAGCUCGAAGCCAGUCCUGGCGGCAGACGCGUCGUUCGCGGCAAGAAGAGCACCUCAGGCAUCUCGGCUUCCAACGGCGGCAGCGCACCGGGCACACCAGGACAUGCGAGCGGUACCGAGUCGCCCGGCGGGAAGAAGACCAAGGCAGCCAAGGAGAUGCGCAAGUGGGACGGCAGCCGCAGCGUCAGCGCACAGCAGGUGGCUGCUCUCGACUUUAGCGGCGCCCCCGAGAAGGAUGCAGACGUUGCAGCCGGCCUCGACAGCUGGAUCGACGAGAAGAGCAUGGGCACCAAGCGCUCCGACGGCGUCUACGAGAUCGCCGACGUCUUGGAAGACGAAGAGGACGACGACGACGACGAAGACGACGAAGACGACGAAGAUGAAGAGGGCGAUCUUGCGGCAUCCGCAUCCUCCAAGUCGGCAGGCUUCCUCUCGCGCAUCGGAUCAGCCUCGUCAUCGGGAGCAUCCUUCUUCUCGCGUCUGACGGGCGCCAAGACACUCACUAAAGAGGAUCUCGCGCCCGCACUCUCCGCCAUGGCCUCGCAUCUCCAGAGCAAAAACGUUGCCGCCGAUGUCGCCCAGCGCCUCUGUGACAGCGUGGAGCGCAACCUCGUCGGAAAGAACCUCGGCAGCUUCGGCUCGGUCAAGGCCGAGGUGAAGAAGGCACUCGAAGAGGCCAUCACUCGCAUCCUCACGCCCAAGUCCAGUACGGAUAUCCUGCUCGAGAUUGCGACAAAGCGACAACGAUCUGCGGCCGCCUCUUCGCUUGCUCUCGCCACGAGUGCCAAGGACAAAGAGCUGGCCAGCAAGCCCGACCCUUACUCGAUCUGCUUUGUCGGCGUCAACGGUGUGGGCAAAUCCACCAACCUCGCCAAAGUGUGCUUCUGGCUUCUGCAGAAUCGCAUGCGCGUGCUCAUCGCUGCCUGCGACACCUUCCGAGCCGGUGCGGUGGAGCAGCUACGUGUGCACGUGCGCAACCUCGGCCAGCUUCGCGUCGAUGGCAUCGCUCUCGACGAGCAAAAGGGACGCAUUGAGCUGUACGAGCGCGGCUACGGCAAGGAUGCCGCCGGUAUCGCCAAGGAUGCGCUCUCCUAUGCAAAGGCAGAAGGUUUCGACGUCGUGCUCAUCGACACGGCAGGACGCAUGCAGGACAACGAACCGCUCAUGCGAGCCCUCGCCAAGCUCGUCGCCGUCAACCGCCCCGACAAGAUCAUCUUUGUCGGCGAGGCACUUGUCGGAAACGAGGCCGUGGACCAGAUCACCAAGUUCGACGGUGCUAUGAAGGACUUUAGUGGAGUCAGCAACCCUCGUGGCUUGGACGGAAGUCUGCUGACCAAGUGGGACACCGUCGACGACAAGGUCGGCACCGCCCUCACCACCACCUCGGCUACCGGCCUGCCCAUCUACUUUUUGGGCACCGGUCAGACCUAUACCGACCUUCGCCAGCUCCGAGUUCAUCACGUCGUCAAUGCUCUGCUCAAGAAUUGA